AAUGUGGAGUCACUGACAAGUUUAUUAGAUAAUCUGGCUGCACUACAGAUUGAAAAUAUGGUGCAAAAGGAAAGACUGAAUAAAGCAAAGGAGGAAAUAUGUCUAAAUUUUGAAGACAAAGUAAAGAGAGUCAAAGCCCUGAUAGACGAAAGGCAUGCCCAGUGGCUGAAAGGUUUUGAUGUCGCUCAUAAACAACAAACUGACACUAUCGAUACUGUAUCAGAUGAGUUGAAGCGGUUUAGUACUACAGUUAGAGAGGCGAAAACAUUACUUUCCUCGGUUUUCGAGAAUGGCUCAGAAAUACAACUCUUCAUUACACAACAAAAAAUCUCGUCUCAAAUCUCGGCCCAUUUUGAUAGACUAGAAUCGUUGCGUACAUGGGAUUUUGCUGAGACGUAUUCUGAGACGUACACUGACAUUCAACAGAUCUGUAGUACAGGCCAGAUCGAGGAUGUGAAAAUAUCCCUUAAGUCCAGCAAUGCUCUUCCUGUAAUUUCAAAGGAAGUAAGAACCAUCACUGCGCUCUCCCACGUCAACGGGUACCCCACGGCUGCCUCUGUUUUCCUCUCUAUUGCCAACGGUUUUAAGAGGCUCCUGGCCAUUGCUGUGGAAACGGACUACACUUUUCCAGAGGCUGAAAAGACCAAGAAAUACUUGAAAGAUCUCAGCUGCCGCUCCUUUGGAGAAGAAAAGGAAAAACUAGAGCCAGAGUUGGAAUCUGAAGAUAGCAUGAGCUUUGGGUUGUUUGACUAAUAGGUUGAAAAUAAAAUCUUACAUUCAGAU